UUUCAGCUGAUAUUAUACUUUUCAACAUUAGAUUGAAAUAGAGGGAAAAUAAAUUACAUAUAAAGGAAAAUUAUUUUAUUUUGAAAAUGAACAACAUUAUUAGAGCACUUCUCUAUUUUAUUUAUUAUGUUGAAAACAAGGAAACAACAGAAAUUUCUUUAGCUCAUGUCACUAAUGCUGAUAAAUAUUCAAAUGGCACAGAGGAUAAUUCUAUGAAAGGACUGAAAGUUAUCACUAGGGCUGAAUGGGGUGCCAGACCACCAAAAGAACCAGCUAAUAAUCUUAUUUUAUAUCCGCCUUCUCAUGUUGUAUUGCAUCAUUCGGGGUCCGAUGGUUGUACAUCUCAAAGUACAUGUUCAGCGCUAAUUCGAUCUCGCCAGAACCUUCAUAUGGAUCAUUAUAAUUGGAGUGACAUUAGUUACAACUUUUUGAUUGGAGAGGACGGAAAUGUUUAUGAGGGACUUGGUUGGGGCAAAAUGGGAGAACGCUUAUCUCGUUUCGAUCACAGAAGUAUCGGAAUCUGUAUCAUUGGAAAUUUCAAUAGUCGUGAGCCGAAUUCAUCUGCCAUUGAGACUUUGAAGGAUUUAAUAAAAUUCGGAGUUUCGGAUGGUGAAAUUCAAAGUAAUUACAAACUAAUUGGUCAUCGUCAAAUUUCGGCAUCUGAUUGUCCCGGGGACAGAUUAUACAAUUUGAUUAAAAAUUCUUCACACUUCGUCCAAAAUCCAUAUAAUUAGUCAUCUUAUGUAUAAUUACAAUUUAAUUGAUAAGGUAACUAAAAUUUCACGUUGUUGUGCACAGUAUAGUUUCGAUGAGUCAUCUCUCCACAGUUUUUUUUUGGAAAAUUCUGUCCUGAGGGUGAACAAUAAAUUGUCUAAACAUCUUCCCAAUGUCUGCAGACAUAACAUUAUUGUAGCAUCGAAAUCUGACCACUAGCGAAAAUAUUCCGUCUUGAAUAGUGGGACCAACCAUCAUUGUAUCGUUGUAUAGUUUAAAUUAAGUAUUUGUUUUGUUUAAAUAUCCCGCGUUCUGUUUGCAACGAUAAAGGUACACUCUCACCUCACUGCCUGCCUGCCUGCGCAGGCAGGCGCCAUAAGAGUGAGAGAGAAAAAACAUUUUAUUUGAAUUUUCUG